CAGCCGCACUCAUCCAGCUUGUCUCAAAAUAAAUUUGAAGUCGUUUUGCCCUACACCCAGUUGAUCGAGACAAUUCUGUCGCCGCCAUACGACUCCUCCACUAAUUCAUCUCGGCCACCAUGAUUCCUCCAUGGAGCCUUUCCGCCGCGUUUCGCCUUGUCUUGAUCUUAUUGGCUGCCUCAUUGAGUGGCGCCAUUGCCAGUAAUCCCUGGACUCAUGACCAAGAAGUCAUUGCGGGUGGUCAACAACGCAUGAAAGCCUGUGUCUUCGGAUCUCCCAAAACGUAUGAUCAGUGGACGAUUCACUACCACGAGGUGAAGCCUUCAUCCCAGUUUCCGGGCCAAUUGAUUCUCGAUCCAGCUUGGGUAGCGCGCCAUCAAACCGUGGGCGAUACCGAUCGUUUCACCUUGGGUACCACGUGGGUCCCAUGGGCCGAGAAUAGGUGCCAGUAUAGCUGCAACGCGAGGAAAAACUGUGUUUCUUUUGCCGGAUACCAGGCUAAAGACUCAACGCCUAAUUCAGGUGGGUUUUCCUGCCACUUCUUUGACGCCCUCAUCCAACCCGAGAAUAUUAUACCACGACCACGCGAUGGUCCUGAUCAAAUUACACAUGCCUAUAACAGGCUCUGUGAUAAGGAAGCGGGUAUCUGAGGAGAAGGCGUGAAUCGUUGCGGCAUCAGGUAAAGAGUAUUACCAACAGUGGUUCUCUACUAGCUAUCACCUGCAAAAUCGUGUUAGUAGUGUCGCAUCUGUGGACAUAUGGGAUUGACAUGCCGUAAGGUGUAUAUACCCAAGUACUCUAAAUGUAUAUUCGUUAAAGCGCGUCGUAUCAUUCGUC